AGAGCCCGUCACUUGAAGGGGGAGUUGUAGAUUUUCUAAAUAACUCAGUGAGAAGGGAAUUAUUUUUAAAGACAACCGCUAUGUCCUCUUCUAUGCUUAAUCAAUAUCAAAAUACUCAACACUCAAGGGUAAUGAAUUUGAAAUAUAAAACAAAAUAUAAAAAACUGAAGAGACAAAUAAAACAAAUGGUUUUUGAAAACGCCUCGUUAUGUGAUGAAGUGUCACAGAUUCAAUUGGAUUUAAAAAUUGCACGUGAGGAAAGAAGGUUCCUGAUAAAAAGACUUAUGCGCCAUGAGGGAUUUGAUGAAAGCACAGAUAAAGCCAAUGAUAAAACAACUAACGUUCCAAAGAAACGGGGGCCUAAAAAACGUAAUAAUUUGGUGGAAGAAAAUGACAAAUUGAAGUUUAUGUGUGAGGACAAAGUCGAGGUUGACGCACUGGGAAAGCCUAAAAUGCCUAUUAACUUAUCGAAUGUUUUGAUACAUUCAUUGGGUGAAAUUCUUCCCUCUAAUCCAAAUUUUCAAAGUACGAAUUGGAUCUAUCCGGUUGGCUACGUGGCCACACGAAUCUAUGCCCACCCAAAGGAUCCACAGAGAAAAUGUGUAUUCACUUGUAAGAUUUUAAACAAUGCCGGUUAUCCUCAGUUUCAAAUGAUUCCAGACAAUGAUUUGGAUAGUGUUUUCUUUGGCGAAACUGCUGACAUUUGCCAUCGUGCUCUUUUAGAGACCUUAAGAAGAUCGCUGUCGGAAGGUACGAAGUUGCCUUUAAAUGUUCAAGGAGAGAAAUUCUUUGGCCUGUCGAAUAGCGUUGUGCAAUCACUUCUAAAGCAGGAUCCUUCAUUUAAACUUUGCCAUAUUUUUAAAGAGUUUCUAAAUAAAAACGAUAUUCCUGGUUGUAACAUACCAGAGGACAAGGAUCCCACCAUGUCAUAUGAGGCUUUGUCCCUAAUCGCCAUGUCAGCGUAUCAUACCAUGCCAGAAAUUAAGGAUGAACCACCAGAUGAGUUGUUUGACUUGAAUUAAAACACGCACACAACUCUCAUAAAAUAUCUUCGUCAAAUUAUAUUUAAUAUAUAAAAAAUUUAAAGAUUACUAAUGCUAGUAUAUUUAGAAAUAAAUUGUAUUUCUCCCUAAGCGUAUAAAUAAUCAUAAAAUCUUUGUCAUAAUUUUCAAAUUUCAUUUCUUCAAAAAUAAAUUAAAAUUUACCAAAUGAAA